AUGCUGAGCCCCCUCCAGAAAUGUGGUUCAGAAGGAUGCCUCUUAGACUGCGACUUUCUACCCUGGCACCGGAGUGCCCUCCGCAAACGUCACUCAAGCGGUGAGGAGCCCGAACCGGAGCAUGAACAUGAGAAUCGGCGGGAGGAGAAACCGUGUCCCCCGAGCAUCCUCUUAGAGGCUCCGGACUCAGACAGUGGCCUCCAGCUCCCGCUCCAGGAUCCCGGAGGGGUGUGGCGAAGCCGCAGCGAAGGCCGUCUGGACCAGAACGAGGGACCUUCUCAAGGGGUAGCGGAGUUGGGGGAUAAAUCAGGAAGUGGAUGGAGUUUGCCGUCCCCCAAAUCCCUGAGGAAGGAACGACACCCGAGAGGGAGAGUUGCUGCAGCGAAAGAGCACCUGCUGAGCCUUUUUGGAGGAUCAAAUAAAUCGCUGGGAUCCAGUGUGGAAUCAAACCUGGGAUCAGACAGUGAUAGCAGCCACCAAGCACGAUCGAGGCAAAAACACUGCCGGCGAAAUAAAAGAAACUUCUUAAGAUUGUGGACCACCUGGCGGAAACAGCCCGCCAGAUUCCACCAGCCACCUUGA